AUGGCUGAGCGGGGCUGCUACAGCUCGCGCCUGCCUCGCAGCUCUCACACCCAGAGUAGAAAGGUGCUACCCCAGAAAGCGGCCAGGUCUGGAGAAGUACCAGGUUGCUCCAGCAACGUCGUCCUCCAGGUCCAGGUGAAGCGAGGCGCAGAAGCCGCUGAGACCCCGGUGGCCACGUGGAGGCGGUUGACACACCCUUUCCUGGGAUCGCUGUCUGAGGCGGCGGGCCCCCUGGGCUCAACCCGCGCCCUCUCCAGAUUCUUGGACAGCAAUACCAUAGAAAUGAAUUUCACUACCACAAGGCUCUUAGGAGAGGAUGGGAAGGAACGGGAUAGUCGGGAGCCUUACACCCGAGGGCAAUGUUCUGGGGCAGAGGCCGGAGUUGAGAGAAGGCGGGGAGUUCCAGGUCCCGCCGCAGAGCAGACUUCCUGCUUGGCAGACAGCCCGAGUGAGCUACAGUGGGGGACCCCGGGAGCCACGGGGUGCACGCACGAUGCCUUCCUGGAUGCGCUGGAGAACCUGACUGCAGACGAGUUCAAGAAGUUCAAGAUGAAGCUGCUUUCAGUGCCGCUGCGCGAAGGCUAUGCACGCAUCCCACGGGGGACGCUGCUGCCCAUGGAUGCUGUGGACCUCACCGACAAGCUCGUCAGCUACUAUCUGGAGGCGUACGGUGCCAACCUCACGGCGCUCGUGCUUCGCGACGUGGGCAUGCAGGAGGUGGCGGAGCAGCUGCAGGAGACCUUGGGCCAUGGAACCGUGCCAACCGAGAUCAAGGCCCCUCGCCAGACAGCAGCCAAGCCAACACUGCAACUUGUGGACCAGCAUCGGGCGGCCCUCAUUGCGCGGGUCACAGACGUGGAUGGGGUGCUGGACGCCCUGUACGGGAAGGUCCUGACAGAGAAGCAGUACCAGGCAGUGUGGGCGGAGCGCACCAAUCCUACCAAGAUGAGGACGCUCUUCAGCUUUGCUCCAGCCUGGAACCUGACCUGCAAGGAUCUGCUCCUCCAGGCCCUGAGGGACACCCAGCCCUACCUGGUGGUCGACCUGGAGCAGAGCUGAGGCAU